AGGCCUGGCGGAGCGCGGGCCAUGGAGCGGGGACUCGGCCUGGAGCAGCGAGCGGAGCGACUGGUGCGAAAGAGGCCCCGCCCCCGACGACCCCCUCAUCCAGUGGCGUCUGAGGCGGCGCCGUGGGGAGGAGCUUGCGCUGGACACGUGCCCAGUGGGCGGGCGACGCACUGGAGUCACGUGAGCCCUCCGAGACCCCAAUCAGGGGCCACUUCUGCACCUCCCACACCAGGGGCGACCUCGUCCUGGCCCGACUCCCAGGAGUCCUUGCAGUGGGAACCAUGCCUGCGGUCACGUGAUGCCACUGGGGCCCUGUGGGGGCGCCAUGUUGGGUGUCACGUGAUCCUCAGGAUCUGCGGCCAAUCAGGAGUGGCGUCCAGGAUGCCCAGAAGGGGGCACCCUCACAGCAGGCACUGGUUUGUCCCCAGGACCCUAUCCUGCGGCUGCUGCGGUGCCACCACCGGGCCCUACGAGAACAGCUCUGGGCUGUUGAGACCCUUCUGGAGCCCACCAGGUACCCCCCCCAACCUGGGGGGGGCCAAUAAAGCAAUGAAACCCCAAAGCUGCAGCUUCACGGACCCCAGAAUCCCCUCCCCCACCUUUGGGUCACUCCAAAUGCCCCAAGAGGGCCCCAGGCAUCGCAGCGAUGAUGAUGAUGAUGGAGGGAAAGCCAUCCCAUCACAGCUCCAGGAACAGUUCAGCCUUUAA